AUGACGACGACGACGAGAAAUUGGAGACGAGAGGAAGACGACGAAGACAAAAACGACGACGAUAACAGGAGCGAUUCUGCCGCCGGCGGCGAAAAAGGAGUUGGUGGUUUUGGAUUCGGGAAAGGCGUUUCCGCGUUCGUAAGCAAAAGCGAAGAUGGAGAAGAAGAAGAAGAAGAACUGCUGCUCGCGAGGAGGAACGCUUCUCCUUCUUCUUCUUCUUCUGCCGCUGCUUUAUCCCAAUCGUCGCUCUUUUCCGAGGAAGAAGGAGAUGAAAUCGACGAUGGAGGUGGUAACGAUGGCGGCGGCGCUCCGGAAACGCCAAACUCGAUCGAUCCGGAGUGGUUGCGAAGGCAACACUUUUACGCAGCGGCGAGGCAUCGAGAGAGAGUUUUGAGCGACGAAGAGAACGAGUAUGGAAUUACGAACGCGAGGACGAGGACGAAUAGGCGUGCAAGACGAGAUGCUUUUGGUAACGUUAUGGACGAUUUCGACGACGAUUUCGACGACGACGACGAAGAUAGAGCGACGAUGAAUUCCGAGGACGUGUUUAGUCGAGACAAUAAUACGAACGACGAUUAUUACGAAGAAGGCGACUCGAUCUUCUCAGAAGAUUCAGAAUUUUUACGGAACGCGCAAAACGCCGCGGCACAUAGGAAUCGCGGCGCCGGGUAUAACCCGUUUGGUAUGAAUAUGAAUUCAAGUGCGAGUACUAGAAACGUCGGGAGGAGUAGUUCAGGAAGAGAUUUUAGAAGAAACAAUAACAACAAUAACAACAAGAUUAGGAGCAGUAAUAAAGACACAGAAAUCGAAUCCGACACCGACGACGACGACGAAGAUACGACGACGACGCCACUUUUAACGAAGAGUCCGACGAGAAAAGGUCCUCACGCGUCUCCGGGUAGGAAGAAAGCCGAUAGCACCAACGCUCAUCGUAAUCAUCAACCUCAAGUCGAUACUUUCGUGCCGGUACGGGCGAGAGAUGUUUUAGAGCACUCGGCUGAUUUUUACGACACUUCGGUAAACUCAGGUCUAUCUCCGUUUGAAGUCACUCGCAGGUUACGAAAGUUCGGCCCGAACUCUGUUCCUGGAGAGAAAUUCGAUUACGGUCAGUUGGUGAAACACGCCCUUCGCGAGUUCAACGCGCCAGCUGGGAGGGUGAUUUUCUUUGCUAUUUUCUUACAAUGCCUACAAGCUAUGGAUCCAGCGAAAACACUCGAUUCUAUUAUUGAUGUUUUAGUCUUGUUCUUGGUUUUCUUUGCAAACUGUUACGUUGGGUGGUCCGAAAGCAGAGACGACGGCGCUUUGAUGGCUGGUACGGAAGUCACGACUUCGGCUUUGACGACGACUUCAACAAAAGCAACGACGAAACAAUCGCAGAAACAAAUUUUAGAAAAUAUGACUCGGACAAACGCGCCAAGAAAUGGACAGUUCCCCGCGUACGCGACAGUAGUUCGAGAUAACGGGAAGCAGAUGCGCGUGUCGUCGAAAUCGCUCGUGCCGGGUGAUAUUGUCGAAUUGCGCGUCGGUCAAAUCGUGCCGUGCGAUUGCGUCUAUCGAGGCUCGGGCGUAUUAUUCGUCACGCGAAACUCGAAUUAUCUCAUUAAUACCGCGUCGUCAUCGACGUUAUCCUCGUCUUUGUUUGCAAAUGGUACGCCGCGCGGAGGUGCGAGUCGUGGUGAUGAAUUGUCCAUGCUCUUUGGCGAUGAUAACGAAAUGGACUCGCUGGAUUUAAUCGGCGUCUCCGAAGGCGAACCGGUUUUAGGAGGGAGUGUUAUUUACGCCGGUUGCGGUGCCGCAAUUGUAGGCAGAACCGGUCCUCGAACAGCCAUCGCGCGCAAAAUGCAGCAGAUUAUGCAAAUAGAAGAACAUCGCGCGAACGCCGCUGGUAUUUUAGGUUUCUUCUCGAUGACUUCAACGAGUCAUCAAAAUCGCUCGAGAAAAUCAUCCAUGGUUCGCUCGAAAUCGUUUGGUGCUCUGUUUGGAUCGUCGGCUUCAACGCAACGACGAAGUCAUCACCAUCGACAGCAAGUACCUACGAUGGCGCGUACUACCGUUGCAACACCGCCGAGAGGGUCUGCGUUUGACCGGUCUUUAGAUCUCGUGAUGACCGGGGUGGCUGUGGCGUCGUUCGCUUCUGCAAUUUCACUUUGGCUCUUUUUAGUCGUAGCCGGUAGAGGAUUUUGGUUUGCGUGCUCCUUUGCAACCGUAUUGUGCGUGUGCGCGUUGCCAAUAGCUGUGAGAGUUGUCGUUCACGCGACUGUUGCGUUGGGUAUUCGGAGAAUGGCGAAAGCGCGCGCGUCUCCUGGGUACAGCCCAGGACUCGACGAUUACUAUCCCGAGUAUUAUUUGAAUAGGCAAGCAAACAGAGAACAUCUGAACAUGCAACAACGACAACAGUCGAACAAAGAAGCAUCGAGUAGUAGCAAUCCGUUGUCAUCCUUCGUUGGCUCGACGACGACGAGAACUUUUGGUAUCAGCCGAUUGAGUGCAAUACAAGACGUUGCCGCAAUGCAAGCGCUCUUCUGUUCGACGUCGUGCUGCGUGGUCGAUCGGUUCGCGACUCGUAUUGUCGGAGAACCCAUUGUGUUUGCAGAUAGUUGUCAACCGAGGGACGUUUUGGUUGCCGCGGCAUUGGCAUCGCGAUGGUGGAAGAAUUCAUCUUCAGUCAUGGAAUCAGCAACCCCAACCACAGCGAGAUCGAACAACAACAAUGUCUUUGAGCAACUUCUGGUAGCAGACGACGAAAUGAAUUUGAUAUUCGACGAUUCCGUCGAUCGCGCCAUCGCGGAGCGACUAGCGGAAGACGGUUUGAGUUCGCUCUCAGAAACCUACAUCCAGAAAACGUACGAACCGUACGAUUCCGUAGUCAAACUUUCGAGAGCAACGAUUUCCAGAGAAGAAGCCAUGGAUGGUUCAAACUCUGGUGUGUUCGCUGUAGCCAAAGGAUGCUUAGAAUCCAUAGAUAAUUUAGUCCGUCGAGAAACUAUGAUUUCUCGCGCCGGGAACGAAGAACACGCGAAAAAAGUCUUUAAAGCGUUAGACGAGGCUCGAAAUCGCGAGAGAAUGUUUGAACGACGAGGUUUGCGAUGUGUUGCAGUUGCAUGCGCAUAUGACGUGCAAACAACCGCGGAAGUGUUCGAAAAUAGCGCGCAGAACCAAGGCAGUAUCGUGAACGGAUGGGUCUUCUUAGGUAUCUUUGCCUUCUCGCGUCACGUCCGUCAAGAUUGCAACGCCGGCAGAGACGCGCUGAAAGCUUUAGGCGUGGACGUGAAAUUAUUCACUUCCGCGUCGGAAUCGUUUGCUAAAGUGCGAACGGAACAGUUGCACAAUCCAAAACGCGUGCUUUCGUCGACGAGAACUGGUAACGCGGGAGAGGAGUUCGCGUCUUCAUCUUUACUCGAUAAUCAAGAUACGGACUCAGAACUCAAUAGGUCUGAAAAUGCGAGUCAAAAAAAUCGACAACAACCACCAUCGGUUUCGCCCCGCGUGCAAUCGUUCUAUACGAACGCGGGUAAACGAUACGAAGGUAUCGUUCGAAAUUGUCGAGAAGUUUUAGAAGGUCGACCACCGCCGGAGCAAGUGACAUCUGAACAACAAAGGAGCGAUUUCGUUUCCGAUGCCGAAAGAGGUAUUCGAUCGUCCACGAUUCAUUCUACAUCUACGACGACAAUAACAACCACAUCCAUAGUGCCUAUCAGUAAAGUCGAUUGCUUUUUCGAGUGCAGCAACGCGGAAACGAAAGCGAACAUCAUUCGCCGGUUCAAGCAAGCGGCGAUGCAUCAAAACAGUCGCCACAACCAGCGGUUUUUGGGCAGCAGCAGGAAAGUCAUCGUUGGCGUUCUCGGAGAUCGUUUAGAAGAUCUACCCGCCAUGCGGGCUUCCGACGCCGCUUUUGCCGCCUCGCAAUCGUCCACGGAUGCUGCCGUUCGCGUUGCUGAUUUUGUCGUGUCGAGACCGUCGCUGGCGCACGUCGCUUCUGCAAUCGUCGAAGCGAGAGCUGUUUUUGCACGCGCAAAGACUUACGUUUUGUACCGCAUCAUCUGCACGUGCCACUUGCUCACCGUGUUUGUCCUGUGCGCCUUCUUAGUGUUUCCGAACGAAACUAACGUGGCGUGGCCGAAAACGUUCACUUUACCAGUCAUCGCGUUGGCGUUGUUAGCCUCGGUGAACGAUUGCGUCGUCUUGUCAAUCGCUUAUGAUUUUGCGAGACCGUCAGCGUCGCCCGAAGCGUGGCGUUUGCCGUGCAUCUUGGCAUCUGGACUAGCGAUGGGCUUUGUUGCCACAUUCACGACGUGCUUUGUAGCGCGCGAAAUCUUCUCCAGCUCAAAUGCAAACUUUGGUUUACUCGAAGCGUUGGACAUCGCGCCGGAUACGUACGAGCAAGCCAAGUGCAUGAUUUUCUUGAAAAUGGCAUUAACGGAUGCAUUCUCGGUAUUAUGCGCGCGCUCGGACGGACCCGAUCCGUUUUGGACGUUAGCACCGGGUGGGUUCCUAUUCCUGGCCACCAUGGCGUCUUCUUUUGCCUCCAUUUUGCUCACGAGACAUUGGCCGUUUCACGAAAUGUCGCCGUGUACGUUUGAGCAAACGUUGUUUUGCAUAUGCGUUGCUCUGUUGAGUUUUCUCUUGCAAGAUGCCGCGAAGACAAUCUCUUACAGAGCAUUAGUCAGAGCAGAGUGGAUGCCUGAACGCAGACGUCUAUCGUCCGCGGAAACGAAACGAAUUUCCGCGGUUGCGGCGAGAGACAUCGAUUUAGAACGCAGGGAGGCGUUGCGCAAAGCGAUCAAAGCGAAAAUGUCGAAGGAUAACAACGUGGCCACUGGAGCUACUUUCACCCCGAGAAAUGCGCCACCAAUCUCACCGUUCCUAAAAAAAUCCACCGGCGGCUCUCCUAUACGAUCUGGUCAGCGCACACCGACGGCAGCGAACGAUGCGGCGUACUUCAAUAGCGCCCAAAAAUUCAACGCGUCGCCGCACAGAUCGCCUCGGCGAUUAGAGACCACUAUGGAAGGAGAAGAGGAUGAAGAAGAUGAAAGUAGAAAAGACGAAGAUGAGCGACUGGAACAUCAUCAUCAACAACAGCGAGGAGAAGGCGAACACGUGAAUGCGGACGAUGACGACGUAGCGGAGGAAUUAUCCUCCAUCGAUGAAGACGAGGACGACCACUUUGGUGCUCGCCCGACGUCUCUCUAUGACUCGCCCGCGGAAGAACCGGAGACUGUUUUGCAAAAUAAACUUCGGGCGGAAAAAGGUGAAUUAACCAUCGAUACCUUCACACGCUUGACGUUUGGAUACCGCACAAUAUUGAACAAGGAGUUGAAACAACUCUCGCUCUCUAUAGAUUGGUCUCGAGCCUUUCGCGAUUUGCGAAGGGCGAAAGCGGAUUCACAAGUUGGCGCUUUGCUGGACGCGCACGCGACGUUGAGAUGUUUAGACGCCGAUUGUGGCGUUGGAGCGUUUUCGAUGAUGUUAGCCGAAAAGUUAGCCGCGAAGAAGUUGAAGAAGAAAGGAGGAAUGAGUGGUGGGAAGAUGAUGAACAGCGACGAUAACGACGGAGAGGAGGAGUACGAACUUUCGUCUUCGGACUCGGAGAAUUUGGAGAGGGAAACGGGUUUGUCGAAGGAGGAGAAGAAGAAAGUCAUGACUUCCGACGAGAAAGAAGACGAAGAAUCCGCCUUGAACGGUCGCGUGGUGGCCGUUGAAUUGUUAUCGACCUCUUUGGUUUGCUUAAAACACGCUUUAGAAGAGAUUAACGAGAACGACAUCGACUCCCCGUUCCGCGCAGUGGCGUUGCAUCGCGGCACCUUGGACGUGUUCAAAGUGAAACCGAUGUCCUACGACGUCGCGUAUAAUGCGUUUGGCUUUGAACGCAUCCAAAAAGGUACAAGCUUAAGAGCUGCGGCGAGAGCGUUUGCUAUGUCUGUAAAAACGAACGGUUUAGGUUUCAUCGCCGUGCACGCGGCGAAGAGCGCUGACGCUCAAUUUCACGCUUUAUAUCGAAACGCCUUCGUCGCGUCUUCAACGACGACGAUGUUACCUUCAUCACCAGCUUCGUCUGCAUCGAUGACUACUGCUGAAGACGUCAUUGACGAGCUGCAUAGGCUCGGCGUCGCGUACAACGUUACCACAAAGUCCUAUCAAUUACGAAUCGAAAAGAUAGGCGAAUACAAUCGUAGAAUUUUGGAGAGUUACUUACACGGCGUCGCGAUGGAUGAUUCGUUAACUUUAGAGGAGAUAUGUGCGGACGCGAAAGUGAUCACUUUUCGUUCACGCAAAUCGUAG